CUACGCAAUCCGCAUCCCAUGAUGGCCAGCAAAAAGACAAAUGGGUCUCUCCGUCAUGCGGAAACAUGUGCACAUGCGGUGAAUUACGCAGGCUGGAUUCAGACAUCUGCACUUGCUUCUUGUCAUGGGAAGAGAGUGUCCUUGAGAAGGCGUCCAUCUUCCAGGCCGCUACCGUUCAUGGGCCUGCCGGUGCACUCGGGUGCCUCGACGAGCAAGAUCGAGAGGUGUUGCAUGCAUUCGUCGCCGAGAAGAAGUGUCAGGAGAGCGAACAAUCAUCGCAACAAGUUACUCCCCUGUCGAUCUAUCACCCUCUUCUUAACGGCGAAAUCCGUAUUUUGGAGCUUUAUCCUGCCAAACCAGGUUCCCUGCUUCAGGGUGAUCUUCAUGUGGCUAGCAUCGACUUCGCCUAUCCUAGUAGGCAACUUUGGCCGAGUAACAAUAACGUAACAUACCGGAGUAACAAUAAUUUAACAUACCAGAGGAAUUCGAAUCACGCCGUGGUGCUGGCCACAGGAGAGCCUAUGUGGUACACGGCACUUAGCUACACCUGGGGCGCGCCUGUGUUUGACCAAACCAUACAUCUCAGACAUGGAAACCUCAAGAUUACAAGCAGUCUCGCUAGUGCGCUGCAUCAUUUGAGAACGACAGAACAUAGCGUCUUCCUAUGGAUCGACCAAAUUUGCAUAAACCAAACAGAUAGACAAGAAAAGGAACAACAGAUUCCACUGAUGGGGUUGAUUUAUACGCACGCCACGAACACUGUUAUUUGGUUGGGCGAUGGUGAAGACUUCGACCCCACACUUGCGUUCGACGUGAUGGAAACUGUGUAUUCGAGAUUGCAAAUGACUGAUGGGGACAUAACACCUAAUGAUUUCGAGAGGUUGUUCUUCCCACCAGCUCUGGAUCGCUCUUGGUGGGAGAUUCGGCAGUUCCUACGAACACCGUGGUUUUCUCGAUUGUGGACGAUUCAGGAGGCCAUUUUGUCUCGUAAGUUGUAUGUCAAGUGGGGCAAGGCUGAAGCAGAUUGGGAGGACAUUGCGGCCUGGUGCUUCCAAUUACAAGAGUCCGGUGUUCUGAAGUGGUUGGUGGAAAACAACGCUCUCGAUUGUGAAUACCCUACCACAUCUGUCGCGAAAUCGCGGACGCCUUCAGCUGGUUCAGUGAUCAUUUCACUCCAGUCGGAGCGCCUACACUUCAAGACGCAUGGUCCCACGCAUCUCAUGGGUAUCCUCGUCUCAACACGCUAUGCCGACGCGACUAAUCUAAAGGACAAGAUUUAUGGCGUGUUGGGUAUGGCUAUAACGGAUAUCCUUCCGGAUUACUCGGACGAUGUGACGUCUCGAGAGAUAUAUCACCAAGCCAGCUUGUCUACGUUGCAUAUGAACCUGUUAGAAAGUCUCAGCUGCGUGGACCACGAGGUCCCACUUCAGCCUUCAUGGGUUCCUGACUGGAGUAUGCCUCGCGUCACAGAGACAUUGGGAUACUUUACCAAGACAUGGGCUUUAUACGACGCCGGAGGGAAAUUCAAGAACGGGGAAAGGUUCUACAACAAAUUAUCGUACAAGGUCGACGUGAGCGAAGACAAGAAACGAAUAACCUUAUCUGGAAAGAUUGUUGAUAGUAUAGCCACGCUCGGAUGUGUGAGCCAGAACCCAAUUCUGGGUAUUGACGAACCACGAACAGAGAACCAGGAGUGGGCGUCUUACAUCAAGUUGAUCACACCUAAGUAUCAGGAGAAAGGAUAUCCAAAGCCCAAGAUUUCCAUCUAUGACGCCUUCUGGCAAACACUCCUAGCCGGACGCGACGGUUCUGGCACCGCGUCACCUUCUGCUGAGCACAGUGAAGUGUUCAGUCUGAUCCUGGAUUCCACCACAGGGAUGAUGCCGUCAAUGCCAGGCCAAAGUUACAGUCCUCGUCGUCAGGAAGGGCAUUUUACCCUCAAUAAUCUGAGGACGCGAAAACCGGCCAAAAUACUCGAAGAUCUAAGGAUCGCAUUUCGAGCUGCGCUAAAGAUGCGACGAUUUGCCAUCACUUCAAAGGGAUACUUCGCACUAGUGCCAAGAGGCGCUCAGGAAGGGGACGAGAUCGUGGUUUUCGACAAAGGCGCUGUACCGUUUGUGGUCCGGAAGACGAUGAGCACCGUGGAUGGAAACGUCGGAUAUGAGCUUUUGGGUGAAGCAUACGUCCACGGGAUUAUGCAGGGCGAAGUCAUAAAGAUGCACGACAUAGAUUUUGACGAUGUGAUGCUCGUAUAGCAUUGGUACGACUAAGUUGGGUAAUCAAUCCUGGACUCCAUAUGUAUAAAUGCUCCUGGU